UGACUGAAGACAUCGCAACUAGUAGCACUUCUACCUCUAGUGGUUAGUGCACGUCGUGCGUGCCCGCCCACGCUAAUGACGUCACCGGGUAAAGGUUAAUGAUAUUCAAGGCAACAUGGCGGCCACCAAGCGAGUGCUGUACGUUGGCGGCCUGGCCGAGGAGGUGGAUGAGAAGAUCCUGCACGCAGCCUUCAUCCCCUUUGGAGACAUUACAGACAUUCAGAUCCCUCUGGACUAUGAGACCGAAAAACACAGAGGAUUUGCUUUUGUUGAAUUUGAGCUCCCAGAGGAUGCAGCUGCAGCCAUUGAUAACAUGAAUGAGUCUGAACUCUUUGGUAGAACCAUACGUGUAAAUCUUGCAAAGCCUAUGCGACUAAAGGAAGGUUCUUCGAAGGCAGUUUGGUCUGAUGAUGACUGGCUCAAAAAGUUUUCUGGUAAAACGUUAGAGGAAGCUGAACAGGCUGAAGGGACAGAAACUCCUCAAGCUGCAGCACAAGAGGGAGAACCACCUUCUAAAAAGGUUCGAGCUAACCCCCAAGUCUACAUGGAUAUCAAGAUAGGGAACAAGCCUGCUGGACGUAUUCGUUUUUUGUUACGAGCAGAUGUUGUUCCUAUGACAGUGGAAAACUUCCGUUGCCUCUGCACACAUGAAAAGGGCUUUGGCUUCAAGGGAAGCAGCUUCCAUAGAAUAAUUCCACAGUUCAUGUGUCAGGGAGGGGACUUCACCAAUCACAAUGGCACAGGAGGAAAAUCCAUCUAUGGACGGAAGUUUGAUGAUGAGAACUUCAUUCUGAAGCACACAGGUCCAGGUUUAUUAUCUAUGGCAAAUUCUGGUCAAAAUACAAAUGGAUCACAGUUCUUCAUCACAUGUGACAAAACAGACUGGCUUGAUGGGAAACAUGUUGUGUUCGGAGAGGUGAUGGAGGGAAUAGAUGUUGUACGUCAGAUGGAGGCUCAAGGGAACAAGGAUGGAAAACCAAAACAGAAAAUAAUAAUCUCAGACUGUGGCGAAUAUGUAUGACGUCACCUCUUCUGCACUGACAGUACAGUGACCAAUAAACAUCACAAGAAGACUUUACAUUUUCCACAAAAAGUUUUGUAAAUUAUUUGUUAAAAA